ACGAGCGACUUGGGUUGGGGAGGAAAAGGUGUUUUUGUUUCACGAAAGAGGCAAAAACAAAAGCCAGUAACGGAAACCCUAAUGCUCCCAAAUCCCCAAUCCCACCCGGAAUCGCUAUUUAAUGUUCCUGUUCUUCCCCCUCCGAUCCGAUGUCCACAGCAGCUGCGCGCCCCCCGCGGCGAUCGAACCACCCCUGCUCCCGGCGCGCACCGCCGGGGAGGAGAAAUUUUUUUCCGGCGCUUCUAGCUAGUAGGCCGGCGACGCCAUGAGGAAGAAGCUGGACACCCGCUUCCCCGCUGAUUGAUGUUUAUAACCUCAUGUAGCUAGUAGACAAAUUAUGCUCUGGUGAAGAGACUUCCGGCACUGUUUCUGGCGCCAUGAGGAAGAAGCUGGAUACCCACUUUUCCGCUCCUCGGAUUAAGAAGAUUAUGCAAGCAGAUGAAGAUGUCGGCAAGAUUGCUCUAGCUGUGCCUGUUUUAGUGUCCAAAGCUUUGGAGCUAUUUCUGCAAGAUUUAUGUGAUAGGACAUAUGAUAUUACAAUUCGAAAGGGGGUCAAGACUGUGGGUUCUUCCCAUUUGAAACAGUGCAUACAAACGUACAAUGUCUAUGAUUUCUUGAGGGAAGUAGUCAGCAAAGUUCCAGACACUGGUACAUCUGAUGCUAUUGCUGAUGAUAAGCUUGGCAAAAGAAGGAAAGCUGAAGAAGAUGGAAGUGAGGAGGAAUUAAAGAGGACAAGAAAUGAGGCAGAAAGCCAUACAAGCAAUGGUAGAGGCCGUGGGAGGGGUCGUGGGAGAGGUCGCCGUGGUGGACGUGGAGCUUGGAAGGAGGUUGUCAUAACUCAUGAACAAUUUGUGGAGAACCAAUCUAGCAAGCCAGCUGGCCUAAAGGUGGAGAUAGCAGAUGAGGUCCCAGAUGCAACUGAAGCAAAGGAGGCUACACCAGUGAGCAGUGCCAGGGCUUCCAUCAGGAACAUUGACUUAAAUUUGGAUCCAGCUGAAGAAGAUGAUGAGGUUGCAGUGCCACCCGAAGCCCAGCCAUCAGCUCCUGCAACUGAUCCAGCUGCAGCCAAUUUAGGACUGACUGCUCCAGCAACUAGUUCAGCUGCUGCUAAUUUAGGACUGACUACCCCAGCAACUAGUUCAGCUGCAACCACCGCAGGGCCAUCUGUUCCUGGGCUGAAUGAAGGAGCAAAACUCAAGGACUUGCUGGGUGGUUGGGAGUUGCCUGACAUGAACAAGAUGGACAUGGACCCCGUACAGUUUGCUUUGUCGUCGAACCAUAAAUUGGACGACGAUGAGGAUUAUGACAAUGAAGACUAGCUCAGCUUUUAGCUCCAGAGGUGGAUAAGUAGGACAACAGGAUAAUUGUAGGUUAACUCUGUAGCAAUUCUCUUGUAUCAUGUGUAUAGUAGCCCGCUGAAGCUGCAGAUGUAGUUUUAGAAUAUGCCAGGGGUUAAAGUCGGGCGACUAUAAUGCCCCAAAGUUAGAUUCGCUCGACAGCUAGUGUUUUGGCAGACAGGUUCGCCGGUUGUACAUUCCUGUUGCUCCCCGGUUUAAUGUUAGUUAUGCUUAUAUGCUUA